CAAGUAUCUACUCCAUUGUGAAAGGGGGAGAAAGAGGGAUCAGUGUUGUGACAGCGAGGACAUCUUCAUCCAUAGCUCUUCCCCGAGUUAUGAAACAGGGCCAUGCGCUUCCACCUGUGAGGUGCAGAACAAACAAAUCCCGAGUGGCGAUGAUGUUGAGCCGGCGAAGAUCACCGGUAGUGGCUUCGCUACAGCUGCCGCCGGUGACAACUCUUCUGUUUCUAUGGGUCUUAAGCUGUGGGCAUGCAACAGCAAACACUGAUAUAGCUAACAUGACGGCACUCCAGAAACAUGUCUCUUUUUUCGACCGUAACAAGGAUGGCAUCAUUACUCCUAUAGAAACAUUUGAAGGAUUUGUUGCAAUUGGUUGUGAUGUUGCAUAUUCUAGAGACUCUGCCUCCUCCGUGCAUGCUGCCCUUGGUCCUAUAACAAGCCCGGUUGAUGCACCAUUGCCCCACAUUAAUAUUCACAUAAACCUAAUCCAUAGAGCAAUGCAUGGAAGUGAUACAGGUGCAUUAGAUGCCAAAGGAAGGUUUGUUCCCCAAAAAUUUGAGGAAAUAUUCAUAAAGCAUGCAAAAGUUAGACCAGAUGCGCUGACAUCCUCGGAGGUGGAGGAGAUGAUCCUAGCAAAUCGAGAUCCACUAGACCGUCGAUCAUGGCUGGCGCCUGUAAAAGAGUGGGGGCUGACAUACAAGCUUGCAAGUGAUAAGGAUGGUUUUCUUCACAAGGAUAGUGUAAGAGGUAUAUAUGAUGGAAGUGUGUUCGUCAAGUUGGAGGAAAAGAGGUCUCUUCAGAUUGAAAUAUGACGCGCUAUACCAUUGUGUGUUUUGCACAACAUUUGGGGAACCUAGGUGGUCAUAUAGUUGUCAAAUAUGAUAUAUAUUGUUCAAGUGUAUUUGACCACGUGUAAUUAUUGGAUUUUUUUUGUAAGGAAACAUAGUGUGUCAACUAGCUGGUAGAAUACGGAUAUGUACUGUUACGCAAUGUGUUUACGUUAUCAGUUGCAUGUCAAUUGUAAACUACAAUUGUUUA